CUCGCACUCUUAUAUUUCACUUUAUAGGUUCCUCCUUUUACUCUGUCUCCGUUGUCAAUGGAAGUCCAAAUAAACCAAACCAAAUAACCGGAAUCCUGGAGCUUCCAAUUUGCAUCCAUGGGCACCCCCAACCCAAACCUAAACCCAUCAUCCAUGCGGGUCCUAGUCCGCCCACCUCCUACACCCACCGCCAAACCCACUUCCAAUUCACCCUCCCAAACUCUUCCGCUUCCCUCCUCCGCAGACCCUCCCGCUUCCGACGGUGUUGUCGUCGUGGGCUUCAUUGGCCGGAGCCCCGACGACUCUGCCCAACUCAUCAACCGGAUCCUCGACUCCAACGUGUUCGGGUCGGGCAAUCUCGACAAAAGCCUCUUUCUUGAGAAAGAGGAGCUCAGGGACUGGUUUAGGUGGCGAAGAAUCAGUUACUUCCAUGAACAGAAAAAGGGCAUUCUGUUUUUGCAGUUCUGCUCUACCCGGUGCCCCGCCGUGGCUGAUGGGUUCUCGGAUUCCGGGUCGGGUUUUGACUCUCCAGUGGAAGAGCAUGACUUUGGGGACCUUCAGGCGCUGCUCUUCAUGUUCUCUGUUUGCCAUGUAAUAGUAUAUAUUCUGGAGGGUUCACAGUUUGAUUCGCAACUCCUGCAAAAGUUUCGAGUGUUACAAGCUGCCAAGCAUGCUUUGGCUCCGUUUGUGAGAUCCAGAACUGUGCAGCCAACAUCAUCCAGGCCACCUUCAUCGUCAUCCUCACGGCCUACCACAUCCGCUGCCACCACUAGCAAUUCAUCUCAAGGUAGAAGUGGUGGCAUCUUGACUCGCAAUGCUUCUUCCAUUUCACUUAUGUCAGGUUUAGGUUCCUACACUUCUUUGUUCCCAGGACAGUGUACCCCAGUCACACUGUUUGUUUUUAUUGAUGAUUUCUCUGAUGUGCCAAAUCCCAGUUCUAAUCUGGAGGAGUCGGCAGAUACAUCCUCACUUAAUCAAUCGUCUAGUGUGAGCAGUUUAGCAAGGCCAAGCUUGCCUGUUAAGGGUUCAGGUUCAGUGGUUGUGCUUGCCCGCCCUGUGAGUAAAUCUGAGGGCAGUUUUCGGAAGAAACUGCAUUCAUCCCUUGAAGCACAGAUUCGUUUCUUAAUUAAGAAGUGUAGAACACUCUCAGGUUCUGAAAGUAGUCAUGCGGGGUCAAGAAGCGGGGGUUCUUCAAAUUCAGCACCUUUAUUCUCCCUUGAUGCAUCAAGGGCUGUCCUAUUGUUAGAUAGGUCUACGAAUCAGAGAGGUGAAUCUCUUGAAUUUGCCACAGGACUUGUGGAAGAUGUUUUGAAUGGGAAGGCAACCUCAGAUUCUCUUCUGCUUGAAAGUCAUGGUCAGAAUGCAAACAAAGAGGAUAUCGUAUCAGUCAAGGAUUUUAUUUACAGACAAUCUGAUAUUCUAAGAGGCAGGGGGGGACCGGUAAAUAAUUCCAGUAGUGGUUCAACUGCUGGUGUAGGUAUGGUUGCUGUUGCUGCAGCUGUUGCCGCUGCAUCAGCUGCAUCUUCAUCUGCUGCAUCUUCAUCCGCUGCAUCUGGAAAGACGAUGUCUACUCCUGAACUUCCAAAUUUCCAAAUUUGGUUAUCUUCCAGUCAACAAAUUCUUGAUGGAGUUCUUUCUGCAAAAGGUGGGUGCUUAUAUGAAACUGAAAUUAGCAAACGAAAACUUCGCCUAAGAAACACUGUUCCACAGCAGGCUGAAGGAGUUUCUUCAAAAGGUACGGAUCCUCUAGAUUUAGCAGUAUCUUGCCUGGAGAACGGUAAAAGGCUAAACACAAAAUUUUCAGUUUUGUGGUGUGAAAGGACUCUUCCAGCUGCUAAAGAGGUUUAUCUCAAAGACUUGCCUGCUUGUUACCCAACUUCACAGCAUGAAGCCUAUCUAGAGAAGGCUUUGCAAGCUUUCCAUUCAAUGGUGAAAGGACAUGCAGUGCAACAGUUUGCAAAAAAGUUGGAGGAUGAAUGCACAUCCAUCUGGAAAUCUGGAAGGCAACUGUGUGAUGCUGUUAGUUUGACUGGAAAACCAUGUAUGCACCAGAGACAUGAUGUUGAAGCUAGUGAAUCACUUUCAGGAGUUCCUGUGAAGCAACAUUCCAGUGGAUAUGUUUUCCUUCACGCAUGUUCUUGUGGUCGUUCACGGAAGCUAAGAUCUGAUCCUUUUGACUUCAAGUCAGCAAACAUUACUUUCAAUCGCUUCCCAGAUUGUGACAAGCACCUUCCCACACUUCAACUGCCUGAAGUAAGCAAUACAAGCCCUAUUCAACCUUCCUCAUGGAAUUUGGUCCGCAUUGGUGCUGCAAAGUACUAUGAACCUUCUAAAGGCUUGCUUCAAAGCGGGUUUUCUUCCACUCAGAAGUUUCUUUUGAAAUGGAUAAUACAUUUGGGAAAGCAGAAAAGCCCGAAUGAGUUACCUACCAGUGCAGUGCAACAAGGUUCAGUAGUUAGGUCAGAAUCCAACCUCAAGUUUGAAUCUAAAGCUGGUGUGCAGUUGUACACGGGGGAGUUAAAAUCUGGAGUAGCAAGUCAUAGAAAACCUGCAGAGGACUUAGUGUCUGAUGAUAAUAAAAUCAGUUUUGGGAAAGGUCUUCCCAAUUUUACCAUGCGUAAAGCUUUUUCUGAGGUUGUUGCUGGAACAGCGACUGUAGAUUCAGGAUUUCCUCCUAUCCAGCCGAGGAAAAAAUCUUCAUUGGGUUUAGAUAAGAUUAUCAAGAAAACUAGGACAAUGGAUCAGCGUGUAGAACGGACUAGUGAUAAUGGAACUCGGAAAUCUGAAGAUGUUUUAUCUGUUCAGGAAAACUUUAGUGAGACCAACAGCACAAAUGGUGACCCCUAUCUACAGAUAGGUAGUAAUGUAGUUCCUGUUAACCUGAAUAGCGGUGAAAAGUUCAAAAUGAACCCUUCUUUAAAACAGGUAGUAGUGUAUGUUGGAUUUGAGCAUGAGUGCCCCCAUGGCCACCGUUUUCUAUUAAAUCCAGAGCAUCUUCAUGAGCUUGGGUCCUCGUAUCAAUUGCCUGAAGAAUCUCAGGAAAACUUAGACCAUAGCCUGCCGGAUAAUUCGAAAAUGAGUAGGAAUGGUUUCCAUGGUAAAGUUCACCGCAAUUCAAAUAGGAUUGCUACUGCUACCGGUGCAAAUAAGGAGAGACAUGUAACUAAGUCAAAAGAGAUAGUAACUAUUGGUAAUCUGCAUAUAGAUGGGCUAAUGCUGUCAGGACCAGGGAAGGAGCAGAAUCACACAUCUUUUAGUGCAUCUCCAGUCCAGAAUUUGCCCAAACGUCUUGAAGGGAGCUUUCAGUCUAUUAGCCUUGAUGAUGGUGGAUGUGCUUUCUCUAUGUUGAAUAGAAAUUUACCAAUCUAUAUGAACUGCCCACACUGCAAGCUCUCUAGGGAUAAGCAAAAUUCACUGAAGACGAAGUUUGCUGCCACAAUAUCACAGCUUCAAAGAGUUUUUGUGGUCACACCUCCCUUUCCAGUGAUAUUAGCUACUUGCCCAGUUAUACAAUUUGAGGCAUCAUCUCUACCUCCCUCAAUCCCAGAACGUGAGCAGAAGUUGCAGUUCAACCUUGGAUCCCAAGUGGUUUUACCUCCAGAGAGUUUCGUUACCCUUAGACUCCCAUUUGUGUAUGGUGUACAGCUGGAAGAUGGAAGUUUACAUUCUCUUGGUUGUUUCGAACAUCAACCUGAAGUAACCGCUUGGAUUACAAAAGGGACAACAUUGCAGGUCAUGUCGAAGAGGAACUGUGUUGGUCAAGAUGGAGUUCUAACAUAGUCAGAAUUGUGUAUCUUAGGAUUUAGCUUUGUCCUUGCUGAGUUUGCAAAGGUAGAUUUAGUUGGCUCCAUUAUGGUCAGAUUCAGGAUUAGCCAAGUUGGCCAGAGCAUUUUAGUAAGCAUAAACAUUAGGCUGAAUGUUUUGCAUUGGUGGCCAGGAUAGUUAAGUUGUUGUCAAUCUGAUAGAUGAGAAGAGCGUUCGGCUGGAUAGGGCUGGAUGACUAUACAGAAUUUCAUCUUUGAUCCCAAACAGUUGGGAUCUGUUAAUCUUCUGAAGUUAUAAUUUGAACCUGAUGAUUGAAGAUAUGCAAGCAGGCUAAAAUUUUCGUCGAUAUACAUGAUGUUGCAUAUGGUGAUUGAUAAAUUUCAACCUCAAAACUCACAUGAGCAUUCUCAUUUGCAGCCAGGAACAGUUUGAUUCUUGAACCUCAAGGUGGCUGGUGCUUGAGUGAAGCUUUUCAGAGCCGUGUUCACUCUUUAUUUAUGCUUGCUUAAGAAGCUAUGCAUGCCGCUGGAUGCCCUGGAUUCGGCUGGCCCGUAAUCCUUGUUACAGUAUGGUUGUCAUGCCAAAAUAUGCGGGCAAAUUGUGGAGGUGUUGCGACGCUUCCAUAUCUUGGAAGGAGCUUUUGCUCGGUUGCAGUAGAUGGUCACCAUGAUGGAUGUGGUUGCAAUGUCAAUUUGGGCAAUCUUACUUCUCUCACUAUACUAAUAGUUAGCCAAUCAUUUAAAGCAUGUUUGGGAUUGCUUUCAGAAGGGCUCACUCACGAGCGUAGGGGAUUCAGGGAUCGCGAGUGAUCCUCCUCUUCCUCCCUGUUUGACAUGUUCACCACUCAAUGUACCAGUCCAUUCGCGCUUCAAUGCGACGCCUUUAAAAAGACUGAAUGUAGAAAUUCCGAGUGCUAAUUGCACUAAUUCCCCAACUUUUAUUAGUGUUGUCGUGGGUGAUGCAAAACUUAUUGAUUUUAUUGUGGGUUUAUGCAUUGUUGGUGUAUUUUAUUUUGCACCGUCCUCUGAUGCAAAACUUCAGAGUGGAUUCUUUGGCUUCUGUUUGGCACUCUGGAAUCUUUCCAAAUUUGGAAUCAUGGCUUCAUUUUGAUCGCCUUUUUUUU